CCUGGAAUCCGUCAUUACUGGCAUAAUGGACGAGUUCAAGGAAUUCUUCGAUAGGUGGAAAUUCAGCCGAGAAGUUUUCACUUCCUUUGUUCUUUUCACAUCAUUCAGCAUGACUCUCAUCAACGUGACAAGAGGAGGUGGCUACACGAUGCAUUGGUUCGACAGUUACUCAGCUAGUAUUUCAUUGUUAUUUUCAGCACUAUUGGAAGCCGUUGGAGUUGCUUGGCUUUAUGGUAUUGACCAAUUCAGCGAAAAUGUGCGAGAAAUGAUUGGCCAUAAACCUGGGCUUUUCUGGAGGUUAUGCUGGAAAUUCAUCAGUCCUACCUUUUUAAUUGCAGUCAUCAUAUCAGCCAUCGUCAACAAUCCACCUCUAAAGUACCAGGAUUACUUCUAUCCCACAUGGGCUGUGGCAUUAGGAUGGGGUUUUGCAUUAUCUUCUGUAGCCAUGGUGCCAGCUGUCGCUUGUUACAAACUCUGGAAGGCUCAAGGUUCUUGCUCUGAAAUGUGGAUGGUUGGAGUGAUGAUGAAGAUGGUUCUGCUGUAAAUGUAGAGUACUGUACUUGCUGAUAUAAAAGGUUCUAACGCAGUUUGUUGAUGUGAAUUGUCG